AGCUGGGUCGGAUGGAAACACCCGGUGAAAACGAUACAGUUGGCACCCUGAUCGCCGUCUGCUUGGCUGCUCUUGCUGUUGUUGUAGUAACGAAGACUCUCUACCCGUAUGUUGUCGGGUGCUGAUGGUGUUGACUGGCUGAGGUAUCUUAGUUAACGGUGAAACCACCUUCAAACGACUUCGCCGACCUCGAGGUCACGCGACCUACACGAGCCGCGAGUCACGUACAGCGAUACGCACCCACCCGUUCAAUGGCUGGCUCGGAUGGAAACACCCGGUGAGAACGAUAUAGAUGGCACCCUGAUCGGCAUCUGCUUGGCUGCUCUUGCUGCUGUUGUAGUGACGAAGACUCUCCAUCCAUCUGUUGUCGGCUGCUGAUGGUGGUUGACAGGCUGAGGUGUCUUAGUCGACGGUGAAACCACCUUCAAACGACUACGCCGACCUCAAGAAAGAGGAGAUUGCACAGCGAUUUGUACUACCAGAACGACAAGCCAAAGUGAACCUUCUAAUCCGGGCCAUGGAACAAGCUGCCGGCGAUAUAGAUGGCAACGAACUUGGUGAUCCCCAGCGCUAUUGUAUCUGCCGUUCUUUUGAUUGCGAACGUUUCAUGAUAGCAUGUGACAGUUGCGAGGAAUGGUAUCAUGGCGACUGUAUUGGAGUCACUCAGGUAGAUGCUCGCUGCAUUAAAAAAUACUUCUGUGAUGCUUGUCGAGCUAAAAAUCCAUCUCUAGAAAUCAAAUACAAAAAGAAAAAGAAUGACUGGAAAAGUGAAUCGAGUGAUGUGGAAAAACGUGUUACCAAGGAAUACAGAUCCAAACUGAGGGACAAAGACAAGCAGAAGUCAAAGAAGUCCUCACGACGGUGUGGAGAGUGCACAGCUUGCCACAUUAAAGCCGACUGUGGACGUUGCGAUUUUUGCAAGGACAUGCGGAAAUUUGGGGGACCCAACAAAAUCAGACAAAAGUGUCGCCUCCGGCAGUGUCAAAACUUUGGCAUAUCAGUGGCUAAGGAACGCCAGUUGUUUGUUGAGUGUGUGCUGGACCCAGAGGAAUCCCAGGAAGCAGGCUUGCCAGCCUUCUCAGAAGAGGAAUCAGAAAAUGAGGCUCCUGAACAACCUAAGAAACCACACUUGACACCUACAGAGCUCUCACAGAAGAAGGAAAAGAAAAAAUUAAAGAAAUUCAAGAAAUCCCCUGAAAAAUCCAAGAAGCUACAGCAGAGGUCAGGGUCAUCAAGAUGGAGAAGCCAACAGGAGAAAGAAGAGGUGGGUGAAGUGGAGGAAGACGGCCCUCGGCAAUGUUUUGGUCCUGGCUGUGUCCAGCAAGCUAGAGAAGGCUCUAAAUACUGUUCUGAUGACUGCGGCAUGAAACUUGCCAAAAGACGUAUCUAUGAGAUUCUACCCAGCCAGAUUCAGCGUUGGCAGAGCAGCCCUUGUGUAGGAGAAGAAAACAACAGGAGGGCCCUGGAACGUGUGAGGAGAGAACAGAUGGAGUCGCGGCGAAUUAUCACCCAGUUAGACCAAAAGCACCAGGAACUGGAUGCGCUAUUGGAAAGGUGCAAGCUGGUCCCCAUUGACCCAGAUCUGGAUGGAGCUGAUGGGGAUGAUGAGGCAGAGCUGAGUGUGUACUGUGUGACCUGUGGGCAAGAAAUUAACCAACGAGGUGCUAUCAAACACAUGGAGAAAUGCUUCACAAAGUUUGAGGCACAGACAUCCUUUGGAUCCAUAUACAAGACACGGAUCGAGGGCAACUCUAUGUUCUGUGACUACUAUAACCCCCAGCAAAAAACCUACUGCAAGCGGCUAAAGGUUCUCUGUCCAGAACACACCAAAGAAAGGAAAGUGGGACCAGAUGAAGUCUGUGGCUGUCCAUUAGUCACUAACGUGUUUGAAGAAAAGAAUGAAUAUUGCCGGAUAUCAAAACGCAAAUGUGCCAAGCACUUCUGCUGGGAAAAACUUCGCCGAGCAGAAAUUGAUUUGGAAAGACUACGACAGUGGAUGAAACUAGAUGAACUUUUUGAGCAGGAACGCAACAUUCGCAUGGCUAUGUCCAAUCGCAUGGGAGUCCUUGGUCUUAUGUUGCACCAGACAAUUGACCACGACCCAAUGACACCAAUGACUCCAAUUAAAGCCUAAGUUGAACUAAUGUAUGUUCCAUUUUUAUGAAAAUGGAUAAUAUGCUGUUGAGAAAAAGCAAAAUGUUUAAAUUUUGUUAACAAGCACAGUCUACACCUACAAUGAAAACCAGAAUAAUGCAGCAAACAAGAAAUAAAAGGACUGAUUGAAAUUGCUUUAAAAAAGAAAGUUUUUCGCAAGUUGCUGCUGUUCUUGGCUGUGUGUAGGUCCCAUAUUCAUUAUAUACCACAUAUUUCUUUGUUAAGUUGUAUAAUAAACAGGUUUGGGAUUAUCA